UGAAAAAUGGUUGACUAUGGUGGCUCAUCGCAUAGACCUAUCAUGCUCGUCUGUGGCCCGGUUCCACCAUCGACCUCCUAACAAUCAUGACAAGCCUCGCGUGGAAUGGCUUGAAACUCUCGCUACUCUCUAUGACAAGAGCUAGUCGAUGAGAAAAUGAGUUGCGUCAGGAUGUCGCCCUCCGUGGUUCCCGGAUGCUAUAUGUACUUCAGCCCCGGCCAUGCCGGUCCUCCUAGAUCUUCACCCUAUACCGAUACUUGACUGAGUGAAAGUGCCCAACAUGACUUGGAUAAUGUACUACUUGCCGGUCCUCACCCUAGCAGGUCUGCCUGUGGUGACGGCCGUUCCCAGGAGGGUGAUGGCCCAAGCCACCCCAGUGGCCUCGUCCUAUGUGCCUCCCGUCGUGAACAUCUCGUCCUCCGCGAUCCACACCCCCUUCAACGGGACCCCGACGGUGACAGGCGCGCUGAAUGCCAGCUCCAUCGGGACAGGAAUUCCCACCCUGGCUGCCCUUCCUGCGGCGACGACAUACCCCAGCGAUGGACGUCUUCAUCAGCCGGAGCCGGCGCCCUAUGUACCCGGCGGAGGCUUGGGGACUGGCGGGAAUGCACCGGUCUACAACGCAAAGAGCGACUUUGACUACGAAUCACUGGCCCUGGGACUGUACCAGGAAUAUGUCGAGCUCGAUCUCUUCCACGACGGCCUGGCGCGGUUCUCCGUAGAGGACUUCAAGGCAGCCGGGCUGACCGCGGAGGAUCGCUUCCUGAUCCAGUUCAUGGCAGAGCAAGAGGUCGGCCAUGCCACAAUGCUCACCAACAUCCUGGGCGCCAAAGCCCCUCGGCAGUGCACCUACAACUACCCGUACACCACAGUCCAAGAAUUCUUUGACUUCUGCCAGAAGCUCACGCGCUUCGGCGAGUCCGGCGUCUACGGGUUUCUCCCCCACCUGGACUCACGCGAGGCCGCCAGCCUCCUAACGCUGGCGAUCACGACCGAAGCGCGGCAGCAGAUGAUCUUCCGGCAGUUCCAGGGCCUCUUCCCAAUGCCCGUGUGGUUCGAAGUCGGGAUCCCCCAGUCCUGGGCAUGGACCCUACUGGCGCCGUACAUCAGUUCCUGCCCAGAGGGCCAAACCCGCCUAGCAUGGCAGAACUUCCCAGCGCUGUCCAUCCCAGAUCAGCCAAACCCGACGCGAAUCAACGGCGGCGCAGCAACAAACGAGACGAUCACCGGCGGCACGAACGUCCUAAACAACACCGGCGUGGGCGGCUCGCAAUCCUGCCUCACCUCCACGGCCGUCGGCUCCAGCUGCCAGCCAGGCAUCACCCGCAACCGCACCAUCCCGCUCUCGUACCCCGGCCGAGAGAUCCAGCUCUCGUGGGAAGCCCCAGGGAAACCAGUCGGCCCGAACAACAGCUACCUCACGUCGACUUUGGCGGGGGCGCCCCGUUACGUGGCGUGGGUGACGCAGCUGAACGUGACCUACACUCGGUUGACGCUGUCCGGAACCACGGGACGACAGGGCAAGACGGUGCAGCCGAAUUUGGAUACGUAUGCGGGUGACCCUGCUAUCAACGGGACGAUGUUCAUUGCGAUUACGGACUCGAAUCCGACUGUCACCCCGUUUAAUAUCACUAUGAUUAACGAGCAUGUAGUUGCUGGGCCCGCUCUUUACCAAGCUGGUUAGGGAUACUCUAGUAGGUAGGGGGAGGUUCUGAGGAGAGUAGGUAUGGGUAUGGGUAUGGUGUAGGAACAUUGUUUUAGUUUUGUUGAGAUCAAUUUGUACAACAAAAUUAGUACUAAUACUGCAACAUCG